CUCGAGCUCCCAACGCCAGACGGAGUUGUGCAAGCGGUUGUGGUGACCUACAUAUCAUCGAAAUGACGGCGUGUAUGAGCUUCAGACGAGCCUCCCACGUCCCACGUAUUCUGCCAUCUACCGGUUGACAAUCUCGACGGCCUUCCUAGACCCAAAUUUCGCUUCUUAUGGCGGCAAUGUGACGCGGCUUGCAUACUCCCUGUUGAAUACGAAGUUAGGCUUGGCUGUUUAUACAGUUUACACCGCCUUCUGGGAUAAGUGUGUCGACACGGUGGGUGCCAACAGUGAAGGUCUGCAUAGAGACCGUCAAUCCUUUGAAGCCCCGCGCCGGAUUCCCCGGAUUUUAAGAUGCAAUCUCCCAAAAGCUAGUUAGUUGAAGUACGUUACGGAAUGAAGACCGAGCGAAAAAUAUCCAGGGAAUAAUUCCUGACAGACAAACCGCCUCUUGAUGGAGAGGUAUUCGCUCUGAUGUGGCUGCAACAUCAGCUCAUGUUCUCGAACUCGUCUACCACAAUCUUCCGAUGGACCUUUUUAACCUGCUGCUCACCGGCCGCAUUGACGAUUCCGAUCUCGUCGUUCGGCUCUUCAACUGGACACCAGUCUCCGCAAAGCACGUAGUCUCGUGCGUUGACUACAUAACCGUCGCUGCGCAUAUUGUACGGGACGCUGGCACACCUAACCGUAGCGGCAGGCAUGAAGCCUUCGCAGGAAAAUGCAAAGCAAUGGUUUCAUCCUAGCAUGUCCAAUCGCACCUGCAGCGGUUUUUGCCCACACCGUGAUCAACAGCGAAUGGACCAUCCUCAAGAAGUCAGGUGGCAACAUGGCGGUAUUUGCAACCUCGUCGAACUUUCUUGGUGAUCGUCUCUAUACUGGAUUGGCGGUAUCGACUCCGUGUUUUCCGAGAAGUUUGAACCAUAUACUAACAAGGGCGCCACUGGUAAGGAGUAACAACAGAAAUGACCAACAAGUAGUUAUAAUCACCAUUCUGCACACCAAACCGUCUUCAAUGUUCCAGAACAUAUUGACUAAUAUCGUUGGUUUGGAUGCUUCUAUCCAUUCGUUAUUAACUACAAGCGCUGUACACCAGAGAGAAUAGCAUAGGGUC